AACAUAUUAUUUUGUAUUCUAGGAAAUGAAUAUAUUGUCAAGUUUAAUCUACAAAAGCAUCUAGAACAACAUCACAGUGCAGAGGAUAGGGAUAAACCGGCUCAACAGCUUGUCAAGUGUAUGUUGUGUGACGCAUUGUUUUACAACAAGAAAGCGUACGACAAUCACAACCUUCACCAUAGUCCUGAUGAUCUCUACUUAGACUCAGAAUUGGAUCGUAAGACUGCAGUUGCCCGUGUAGAUUGUGAUUUCGAUUUGACUCGUGUACCGACUAUGUGGGAGAAAAUACACGGACACAAAAAGCCGAGAGUAAAACGGAUUCAGCAGAUUGAACCUGAUAAUCUCGUGGUGCCAACCUCUGAAUCUGCUAGCCCUACAAAUCCUUCAACAUCUUCCGUCAAUCCUUCCGUUAGUUCUUCCGUAUCGGAGGUGGUCCCAUCGGAGGAGUCAGUUGAGGAAAAAAUGGGACGAAACCGUGCUAUGGUGGACUCGGACUCAGACUGCAAGUCGGACACGUCGGAUGAGUCUGAUCAAGAGACAAAUCAGUCCACGUCGACAACUAGCAAAAAGUCGUCACCGGAGCCCAAGGAAAAAAGGAGGAAAUAAACAACAUCCACAAGGUUUUGUUUCAUCGAUGCUAGAUGAGUAGAUUUGCAGAACGAUCUGAGAGGAAUACCUAAGCCCCAAGAUUCCAGAAGAAAUUCUGCGCCUAUGCAUUUUUUAGGGAUGUAACAAUUUAAGAAAAGAAAAUGAUCACUGAAGACUAAAAUCACAAUAAAUGAGGGCCAUCAUAAAACUAAAAUGUUCAGUUUAACUACAUUUGUGAUAAAAAUGAGACGUUCGAUGCUACCUCGACAUUUAAAAACAAAUUCAUCUUUAAAAACAAUCUCAAACAAUAUGAUUUAAUUUGUUAUUUAACUGUACAAUUUACAGUUUGUACCACUCAAAUUGUACAUAUGUAUUUUUAGCGUACGCAUUUAUUGAUUAACAUUAUACUAAAAUCAAAUAUUAUAAAUCGAAUUAGUAUCUUAACUUUAAGUAUGUGCAGACAAAUUGUUUUCAGAUUUAAAUGUUAUAAAUAUAUACACUUUACCAAGUUCUAUAGAGGCCUAUUUCAGA